AUGAUCCAUGAGAAUAUUCAAUUAGUUAUAUUUCUUAUGAUUUUAUAUAUCAAUCAAUAUGAUUGUUCAAUACAUGCUGUUUCAUCUGCACUCAUUUAUGGACAAGAACCAUUGUCAUAUUAUUCAUUAGAAAAAAGUAAUAUUGUUCGUCGAUCAGCUAGUAAUACUAAAUGCGGAAAAGAUUUGACUUGUUUAAAUAGUGGUAAAUGUAAAGAUCAUCAAUGUCAAUGUUCUGAACAUUUUAUGGGUCAUGAUUGUAGCAUAGCACGAUGUGGCCAUACUUGGUGUUCUCAAACAGGAGGAAAAUGUAAACAUAAAAAACAUUGUCAAUGUUUAACUCGAUCUGGUGGUCCUGAUUGUAGUGGUGUCAAAUGUAGUAAAGGAGCAUCAGCUAGUUUAAUUUGUUUCAAUGGUGCUACUUGUAAUAAUGAAUCGGAUACAUGCAAUUGUCGAUCUGGUUAUCAAGAUGGUGGAACGGGUUGUUUAACAAAAGUAUGUUCGAAUGAUGAUUUAUGUUAUACGAAUAAUGGUAUUUGUACUGCGAGUGGAUGUAAAUGUCGAUCACAUUUGAUAAAUGGUUCUGAUUGUUCUCGAAGAACUUGUGGAAAAUCAGGUUUAAUCUGUCAUAAUGGAGGUCAUUGUGUUGAUGAAAAGCAUUGUCAAUGUUUAUAUGGAUGGACUGGUAUUACUUGUAAUGGUCGAAAAUGUCCUGGAUUUACAGACCUUAUUUGUUAUUCAGCAACAUGUCCUGAUAGGGGUAGUGCACCAGUAUGUCAAUGUCCAGGACAUGCUAAAGGAAAAGAUUGUUCUGGAAUUACUUGUGGAAAUAAAGGAUUGGCUUGUUAUAAUGGUGGUACUUGUAAUGAAACAACAUCAACAUGUUCCUGUUUAAUUGGAUAUGGUGGACCUGAUUGUAGAGCUGUACAAUGUGCACGAUAUCCAAAUUUGUUUUGUUAUAAUGGUGGUUGUCCAUCUGUAGGACAUGAUAGUGAAGCGCAAUGCAUUUGUUCGGAUCCAUAUACAGGUACUGAUUGUUCACAAGUAAUGUGUAGUCAUCGUGCAGCUACAUGUUACAAUGGUGGUGAAUGUUUUGAUGGUCAAUCUUGUACUUGUCCACCUGGUUAUGGAGGAAUUAAUUGCCGUGGACUUCCAUGUGGAUCUGGAUUUUGUUAUAAUGGGGGAGAAUGUAUAAUCGAUGAAAAGACUGGAGAAAUGAAAUGUCUUUGUAUAGGCAAUUAUACACUUGCAGAUUGUUCAGGAGAAAAAUGUUCUGAAAAUGGACCUAUUUGUUAUAAUGAUGCUAUUUGUGAAAAAGAUAAAAAUGAUAAUUAUACAUGUCAAUGUACUGGACAAUGGGCAGGUGCUGAUUGUUCAGCAACACCAUGUCAACAUGCGUUAUGUUAUAAUGGUGGAUAUUGUGAUGAUGAUGGAAAAGGAAAAGAUGGUUGUGUAUGUGUAAAUGGUUGGCAAGGGGUUGAUUGUCGAGCAAGAUCAUGUGGACCUCAUGGACCUAUUUGUCAUAAUGAUGGAUCGUGUAUAUCAACUUCAAAUUCAACUUUUAUUUGCCAAUGUAAACAUCCAUGGUCUGGUUCAACAUGUGAAGAACAAAUAUGUGGUACUGGUGGAUUAACUUGUUUGAAUAGUGGCGUUUGUUUAUUGACUACUAUUGAUCAUUUGUCACCGACAUGUAUAUGUUCAUCGGGUUUUGCUGGUGAUGAUUGUUCAGCUGUUAUAUGUGGUUCCGAAGGUAAUGCUUGUUUCAAUGGUGGUCGAUGUAAUGAAACGACUGGAAUAUGUAUUUGUCCUCCACCACUUACUAGUGAUGAUUGUCGUGGCAAUAUUUGUGGUGCUGGUACAGCUAAUAGUAUUGUCUGCCAAAAUGAUGGUAUUUGUGUAGAAAAUUCUGAAGGUGAAUGGACAUGUAAUUGUACACAUGGAUGGACAGGUCCAUAUUGUAUGUUACAUAUGUGUGGGGAAGAUUCUGCAACAAAUUUAGUAUGUGCACAUGAAGGAACUUGUGUACAUUCACCAAUAACUGGUGAUUAUACAUGUUCAUGUCAACCUCAAUGGACAGGAAUUGAUUGUUCAGCUAUGCGAUGUUCAGAACCAGAUAUUGCAUGUUAUAAUCAAGUUGAUUAUAAUCCAAACGUAUGCACACCGAAAGGAUGUGACUGUCUCAAUGAUGGUUAUGGAGCUGAUUGUAGAGGCGUUCGAUGUGGUCUAGAACCAGGUCGAUGUUAUAAUGGUGCUGUAUGUAUUGAUGGAUUGCGAGGUAUUUGUUCAUUUUGUCCAGCUGGAAUUAAUGUGAUAUGUCCUGGUGUCAAAAGUGGUUACUGUUUUAAUGGUGGCAUUUGUAUUGGUGGAACAACGUGCUUAUGUGGUCUUCGAAGUGAAUGGUCAGGUGUUGAUUGUUCUGAAAAACGAUGUUCGGGCAAUUAUAGAUGCUUGAAUGGUGGUUCGUGUAGUAAUAAUGUUGCAAAACGUGAAUGUAUAUGUCCACCGACAUUCGAAGGACCUCAAUGUGAAAAUUCAAUAAAGAACUAA